AUGCCGAAAUCCUUUGUCUCUUUUCACGGACCCUAUGAGGCUGCCUCCCUCCCACCUUCUCAGUCAACUACCACGCCGUCCUCCCCAGAGACGCUCCGCAGAUCCAGAACUUCGCUUGCCGGAAUUGAACCGGGACCACGGCUACCCCCGUCACUCGUUAUGACUUCCCAAGAUACGGAAGAGACUGCCCUGCUGGGGGACCGUCCAGGGUUAGUUCGCAGGUACACUGGCGAGAGCACACCGGGAUCUCCGAGGUCAAGACAGCUUUCCAGAGUGAACAGUGCCAGCGGGAGUUCACGAAAACGGAAAUAUGGUGCGCGACAGUCGGGCAACGCCAGUCCGGUAUGGAUGAGGAGCUCUGGGCUGCGUACCCCUAAACUUUCUUCGUCGAUGCUGGCAAGCUCCUUGUCGAAGGACGACCGAUUAUGGUACGAUCAGUUCACGUCGACGGACUGGGUCCACGAUAGCAUUGCGGACGGAUACCGUGUGCUCGAGCUGAGGAAAAAGCGGGGUUGGCGAGGACGAAUCGCUUUGCUCCUCGACUCGGCUCAAGGAUGGGUUCUCGUGGCCAUCAUCGGAGUCGUCUCUGCCGCAUUAGCAUACUUUGUCGACGUGACCGAGUCUGCUAUCUUUGAUAUCAAGCGAGGCUUCUGUCGAGGUGCUUGGUAUCUGAGCAGGACCAGCUGCUGCGGUGGAGAACGCACGUGUGACAGGUGGAGGAGCUGGUCGGAACUUAUUCACCCUUCUCGAAUCGACGACCUUCACAUUGACUAUCUGGCAUUCAUCCUCGGAUCAAUGUUUCUUGCAGCCUUGUCCUGCUUUAUCACAUUGUACUCGAAGACUGUCGUGCCCUCACACAUAGCUUCCACCCUCGAUGAGGAUCUUGGAGCGCUCAGGCAGACCAUCAACGCCGAGGCAGACAAGGACAAGUCAUCAGGUGUCCGACGUCCGAGUCAGGAGAGCACAGUCCCGGCAAGCGUAUACUUCUCAGCAGCGGGAAGUGGCGUGGCAGAGGUCAAGGUCAUCCUCAGUGGCUUUGUUCUGCACGGAUACCUCGGCCUUCGAGUUCUCAUUCUCAAGUCUAUCGCUCUCAUUCUGAGCGUGGCAUCAGGGAUGAGCUUGGGCAAAGAAGGUCCUUAUGUGCACAUUGCCACCUGUGUGGGCAACAUUGCUUGCAGGCUGUUUACCAAGUACAACCUCAACGACGGUAAGCGAAGAGAGGUUCUAUCGGCGAGUGCCGCCGCUGGUGUCGCCGUGGCUUUCGGCUCGCCCUUGGGUGGAGUCCUCUUCAGCCUGGAGGAAGUCAGCUACUAUUUCCCUCCCAAGACUUUGUUUCGCACCUUCUUCUGUUGCAUUGUUGCGGCGCUUUCACUAAAGUUCCUGAACCCGUAUGGCACAAACAAGAUUGUGUUGUUUGAAGUCCGUUAUGUUACGGAUUGGCAUUACUUCGAGCUCGCCCUCUUCGUAUUAAUUGGCAUGGCAGGCGGAGUAGCCGGUGCACUUUUCAUCAAAGCAUCUCGCUUCUGGGCCACUACAUUCCGGCGCAUCAAAAUCAUCAAAACCUAUCCAAUGCUGGAAGUUCUACUCGUGGCCCUGCUCACGGGCUUGAUCAGCUUCUGGAACCGAUAUACCCGGCUAGCUGUUGCCGAACUCUUGUUCGAGCUUGCCAGCCCCUGUCAGCAAAAUCCAGGAAAUGGGCUCUGUCCUACGACCGAGGAUGAAAUCCUGCAGAUUGUUCGCUACCUCAGCCUUGCAUUCGUCGUCAAGGCUUUUCUCACGACCAUCACUUUUGGCAUCAAGGUGCCCGCCGGCAUCUAUGUGCCUUCUAUGGUGGUUGGCGGCCUCAUGGGACGCAUCGUUGGUCACUUGGCCCAAUACGUCGUCUUGAAAUUUCCAGACUUUUUCCUAUGGUCGCAUUGCCGAGACUCCGGAAACAUCGAAUCGUGUAUUACACCUGGAGUCUAUGCCCUAGUGGCGGCCGGCGCCACCAUGUGCGGCGUCACACGCCUCUCUGUCACUUUGGCUGUCAUCCUGUUUGAGUUGACAGGCAGCUUGGACCACGUGUUGCCCUUCUCAUUGGGUGUUCUUUGUGCCAAGUGGACGGCAGACGCUGUCGAGCCGUUGAGCAUAUAUGACCUGUUGACCGACAUGAAUUCAUACCCCUUCCUCGACAACCGGACCACCCCGGUUUUUGACUCCGAGCUUGGAGACAUCACACCCCGAUUCAGAAGAGACAAAGUGAUUGACAUCACGCUAUCCCCUCUUGUCAAGGCGACCGACCUACGGGCUAAACUCAGACGCUUGCAAAAUCUUGGGGAGCUAGAUGGUGGCUUGCCUGUCCUCCGCAACAAAAUCCUAGUGGGCCUCAUCCCAGCUCCAGACCUAGAGUUUGCUCUAGACAGGGUAGAGGAUGAGGAGAAUGCACUCUGCUUGCUCUCCACAGAAAACCACGCGCUCACCUCCCACUACCGGCUCUGGGACUCCUUUGAGGAAGCAGGAUACGAUUCAGGACGGGAGGAGUCUGGCAACGAAGAAGCGUCCUCCGACCCUACCGACCUCACGCCUUACAUUGACCCGGCGCCGGUGGCACUUGAUGUGCACUCCCCAAUGGACCUGGUUUAUCAGUGCUUCGUCAAAUUGGGACUGCGGUACAUUUGCGUUUUGAGUGAAGGAGAAUUCAGAGGCAUGGUCCACAAAAAGGCGUUUGUCAGAUACAUCAAGACACUGGAACAUAAUUCGACUCUUCGCUGA